GGCGCCAGGUGACUUGGUUGGGAUCGCCGUAAAAUAUCGUUUGGCAAACGACGCAUCGACGCCUGCUUUUGUGAAAUGAUUUGUGACGCAUUCUGAGUAUUAGAUUUGUGAUUACUUGAUCUCAUUUUGAUUUCAGACGGCGAAAAUCUCCAGUAUAUGCAAAUUAACUCUCGAGAGUGAGGCUAGCAGCGCAUUCGCACAGUUGCGCAUUCGCAUUUCGGACGUAGCGAAAACCUGGGAGCUGGAGAGAGAGGGCAGGGACAAAAGUAAAUGGACGUUAACUGCCGAAGAUAACGACAUUUCUGACCGAAAACUGUCGGAUUUCUCAGCGCCAGGAUGCCGACCAGUAGUCAGGCGGACAGCAUCAAGGGCUCCGAGUCGCCGCACAACAGCGGGGAAGACACAGAGGACGAAGAGGAGUCCGAGGUUUUGGAGGACUCGCCCUGCGGCCGAUGGCAGAAACGCCGAGAAGAGGUGAAACAGCGCGAUGUACCUGGCAUUGAUGCAGCCUUCCUGGCGAUGGACACGGAGGAGGGUGUGGAGGUGGUCUGGAACGAGGUCCAGUUCUCUGAGAGGAAAAGUUUUAAAGUCCAGGAGGAUAAGAUACGAGCUGUCUUUGACAACUUGAUACAGCUAGAACACUGCAACAUCGUCAAGUUCCACAAAUACUGGACAGAUGGGAAAACAGACAAACCAAGGAUUAUUUUCAUCACAGAGUAUAUGUCUUCGGGGUCCCUGAAGCAGUUUCUCAACAAAACCAAGAAGAACCACAAGAGCAUGAACCUCAAGGCCUGGAAAAGAUGGUGUACACAAAUACUGUCUGCACUCAGCUACCUGCACAGCUGCGAUCCACCUAUCAUCCACGGCAAUCUGAACUGUGACACAAUCUUCAUCCAACACAACGGACUCAUCAAGAUUGGCUCAGUUGCACCUGAUGCAAUCCACAACCACGUGAAGACAUACAGGGAGGAGCAGAGACACAUGCACUUCAUCGCUCCAGAAUACGGAGGAAAGGCUCCUGUAGAUACAGCAGUUGACAUCUACUCAUUUGGGGUCUGUGCCUUAGAGAUGGCAGUUCUGGAAAUCCAGCCCAACGGAGAGGGGACUUUUGUGUCCAAGGAAGCCAUCGAGAAGGCAAUUGAGAAAGUAGAAGAUCCUAAACAAAAAGAUUUCAUAGUGAAGUGUCUUACUGAGGACCCGGUGAAGCGCCCGACUGCCAGAGAGCUGCUCUUUCACCACGUGCUGUUCGAGGUUCACUCACUCAAGCUGUUAGCUGCUCACAACUUUGUCAACAAGCAAAGAAUAUUGCCGGACAACAUCGAUGAGCUUGUGUCAGGGGAGGACAAAGUUCUGGCCUCGAUCCACCAUGCCGACGGGAGGCCGUCCUGUCAGCUCAGGAUGUGUGAUGUCCCUGCAUUAGAGCUGGAGAAAUUCCUGGAGGAUGUCAAAAAUGGCAUCUACCCCCUGACGGCAUUCGCCAUGCCCCACCCACAAGUGUCCAAACCCCGGCCUGCCUCUCCAGAGGUGGCAGAGUCGGAGAAAAGUGCCACACCCGAGCCCGUGGAGAUGGAAAACAGACGGGUGAAAAAAAUGAGCUGUGAUGUCAAAGGUCCAGAAGAAGGACAAGACACUCUAUCGUUGACCAUUAGAAUACGAUUUGAAGACAAGAUGAACAGACAACUGAGCUGUGAAUUCAAGCCAUUGGAAGAGCCUUCUCUGUUGGCCUCCGAGCUGGUAGAGUACGGCUUCAUCUGUGAACAGGACAAGGAGAAGAUCGCCAAGCUGAUAGAAGACCACAUCAAGCAGCAGCAGCAAGUCCCACCCCUGCAAGUAUCCCCUCCCACAGGAGUCACAACCAUUGUGACCACAGCUACAACCACUGUUACAACAAGCGCAUAGAAGAAGUUUUUCCAGGGCUGUCUCCAGUCUGAAACUUUUGUCUGUCCCACUCAUUUUUUAAAUUCCCAACUCUCUGAAAUGCUCUAAUUGCACAGUUUUUAGAAGCAAGUUUCCAUUAAUCAGCCAUUGUAAGGCAGUGUUCGAAAUACCUGUCUGCAGUCUGCAAUCUGCAGAUAGAUUUUCAAGAUUGCAGAAGAAAAAUUUAUACAAUCUGCAAUUUUGCAGCAGGAAAAAUUGGC